UUUCAUUGCAAUCAAAAUCAUCUACUUUAAACACCUUAACUAUGCCAUUACAAUUACCUAUAUUAGCAAAAGCAAUCACAUCAUCUCAAACAGUACAAUUAACUGCAUCAACACAAUUAACAAAUUUAAACAACUCAUUGCAGUCCAUUUCUUUAACUAAAAAAAGAAAAGCUGAUGCAGCAACUUCUGACCUUCCUAUGACUACUACUAGCAAUAAGUUUAGCAAACAAUCAUCUAUAAGUUUUAUUUUAAGCAUCAGACAAAAAAGCUUUACCCAAAUUGAACAUAUUACUAGAAAACAAGCUAAACUUGAAUAUUUUAUCACUGAACAACGAAAGCAGCUUGAACAGGUUCUUGAAAAGUUGAAUGAUACUGAAGGAAUGUAUAAUUCUGCUAUGAGCAAAAAAAACGGAAAAAGAAAAUGA